UACAGACACACUCACAAACACACUCACAAACAUACCACUCGCACACAUAAACAGGCAUGUAAACACUGACAUAUCAACGUACCAAAUAAAGCUGAGAGAGUAUUCCAGGCUGGAUCUCACACACCUGACAAACACACACAAAGAAGCAAACGCACUAACUCACUCUUGGAAUGUACCGCACAAUCUUCCUGUGAAUAUUCAACUGCUUCCUUUACUUUUGGGAUUUUCUACAAGCAUUUGGAAAGCUGAUUUUGUUUUCUGUUUUUUUUUUCCCACACUCGGGGGCUGAGAAAACAAGGCGUCGAGAAGAGGAUUAAAACCGUGCUGAAUUUGAAGCUGCAGUGUUUUUGGACAAGUACGGACAACUUGUUUAGCGGACAAAUUAUUUCUGAUUGACUUUUUUUUCUACUACUCUGCAGAUCUGGAAAUUGAGAUUUAUGCUUGAUCUAUAGAUUGUAGAUAAGUUUUUCUUGUGUCCACAGCCUUUUUAAUUUUAGCAGGACCCAGUUUUAGAGACAUUUUAUUACCUCGCGUGCUGGGACACUUUUUGUUUUUAUUUAGUGGUAUUAGCACUCCAUCACUUCUUGAACACCUUUAAAAGAUACUUUUUUCUUCUAAAGCGGUAAUAGUUGUAUCCUGUAGGUUGUAAAGAUUGUAAUUAAAUUACUUCUAGGAAGUCACUACUAGUUUUUAAAGUAACUACAAGUAACUUGAUAAGAGUAAUUUCUGGAAGCAGGGAAGUAGUACUGUUUUUUUUUUUCGGUAGCUACAGGUAAUUGUUCUCAGAUUUGUCAGUGUGUUAGCAGAGGCACGCUUGUUUUCUUGUUGCGUGCAUGCCCUCCACCAUGCCUCCCCAGAACACGGAGGCUGACGCUAUGCAGGUCGGAUCUCUGGUGGGCGGGGCUAACGACAAAAACUCAAGCUCGGACGAGGAGAAAGGAGGAGCAGCAGGCGAGACGGAUGGAUCGGGAGGAGGCGGAGGAGGAGCAGGAGGUGGUCGGACUGGUGAGGAGUCAGCGAGCGAAGGAUCGAUAGAAGGCAUUACCGUGAAGAGAUGGGUGAUGCACGGGGCCGUGAUGUUCGGCCGGGAGUUCUGCUACGCCAUGGAGACGGCGCUGGUGACGCCCGUACUGCUGCAGAUAGGUCUUCCAGAGCAGUACUACAGUCUGACGUGGUUCCUCAGUCCGGUCCUCGGCCUCAUGUUCACUCCUCUGAUCGGCUCGGCCAGCGACCGCUGCACUCUGCGAUGGGGCCGGAGGAGGCCGUUCAUCCUGGCUCUCUGUAUAGGAACGCUGAUAGGAGUGGCUCUGUUUCUGAAUGGAUCGCUGAUAGGUCUGUCGCUAGGUGACGAGCAGGGGAGACAACCGAUAGGUAUCGUUCUCACUGUGCUGGGAGUCGUGGUGUUGGACUUUUGUGCGGAUGCCACCGAGGGACCAAUCAGAGCGUACUUGCUAGACGUGGCAGACACAGAGGAACAAGACAUGGCGCUCAAUAUCCACGCCGCCUCAGCGGGUCUUGGCGGCGCAGUCGGCUACGCUCUCGGAGGUUUAGACUGGACACACACCUUCCUCGGAGCAGCCUUCAAAUCUCAGGAGCAGAUCCUGUUCUUCUUCGCCGCCAUCCUCUUCUCCGUCUCUGUGGUGUUACAUCUCUUCAGCAUCGAGGAGCAGCAGUACUCGCCCCAACAUGACAGGCUGGACCAUGAGAGUCCAGAUCCCACCAACCCACAGCCGUCGGCCAAUGGCAGGAACGGACUUCUCACUCCCAAGUUGGAAAUGAUUGGAGAGGAUGAAACGAUGGACAGCUACGACCUCUAUGACCCCUAUGGAGAUGACCAGUCAGAGCGCGGAGAUAUGGACAUGGACUUUCUGGAGGUGGAGCUUGUGAGAAGUAAAAGUGACAGCGUUCUCGCCAUGGCUGACAGCACCCUCGACCACCUGGACCAUGACGCAAUGUUCCUGUGCCACAUAGAGCCGUCCAUCUUCGCCGACCGCCUCUCGCCCUAUCACGGCUCGCCACCUACCGCUUCUUCCCUCUUCAACCCUAGUCACAGCACCCCCCCUCCCCGGUUCGCCAACAUCAGACGCAGCAGCAGCACAGGCAGCCAGGACCUGCUCCGCCCCCAAAACAACAACCACGCUCCCGGCCCCAGAAUAUCCCGCCUCUCUGCUUUCUUGCAAGAAAUGGAAAACGAUGACGGACAGGAGGCGCUGCUUAACAACCAGCUCAACGAGCAGCGAACCCUGAACGGGCGGCUCUUAGCCAGUGUCACUAAUCCUGAUAGAAUUAACAGCAACAGACUGAGCUCUAAAGGACAGGCCCAUCGUGCUGGAAUGGUCAAAGCUGCCAGUACCGGAGCUCCCAUGAGGCAGUCACGUCACCGUCACACCUUCUACCGCCAGCCGUCCUGCACCUUCUCCUACUACGGCCGAGUGGGCAGCCACCGUUACCGCUACCGCCGAGCCAACGCCGCUUUUCUCAUCAAGCCGUCUCGCAGCAUGAACGACCUGUACGAAGUGGAGGCCAGACACAGGAGGAGGAACAGACAGAGAAACAGAAACCGAAGUGGAAACACCAACUCUUCCAGUGGAGAUACAGAGAGCGAGGAGGGCGAGGUCGAGACCACUGUGCGGCUGCUGUGGCUCUCCAUGCUGAAGAUGCCUCCGGAGCUGCUUCGCCUGUGCGCCUGUCACCUGCUCACCUGGUUCUCCAUCAUCGCCGAGGCCGUCUUUUUCACCGACUUCAUGGGACAAGUCAUCUACCACGGAGAUCCCACCGCUCCUGCUAACUCUACUUUGCUGGAUAACUAUCACAGAGGAGUUCAGAUGGGAUGUUGGGGGCUGGUUAUAUAUGCCAUGACUGCUGCGACAUGCUCAGCUCUUCUUCAGAAGUACCUUGACAACUUUGACCUGAGCAUUAAAGUCAUCUACAUCCUGGGGACACUUGGAUUCUCCAUAGGAACUGCUGUCAUGGCAAUCUUCCCUAAUGUGUAUGUCUCCAUGGUGAUGAUCAGCAGCAUGGGCAUCAUCUCCAUGAGUAUCUCCUACUGUCCCUAUGCUCUGCUAGGACAGUAUCAUGAAAUGAAAGAGUACAUCCAGCACAGUCCAGGUAACUCCCGGAGAGGCUUUGGCAUCGACUGCGCUAUCUUAUCAUGCCAGGUGUACAUCAGUCAGAUCUUGGUGGCCUCAGCUCUGGGUGCGGUGGUGGAAGCUGUUGGCAGUGUCCGUGUCAUUCCCCUGGUGGCCUCUGGGGGCUCCCUCCUUGGAUUCUUCACUGCCUGCUUUUUGGUCAUUUACCCGUCUCCACACAACGGGGAGGGGGAGUCAGCCAAAGCUUCGGAGAAACGGGCCUUGACGAAGCUGGAAAAACCCAACAGCAAUGAAGCGGCUGUAACCGUGGUGAUAGAGAAACCCAGCUUCCUGAAACUCAACAAGGAGGGCAAAGCCACCACCACCACCACUUCCUCCCACACGGAGAAUGAGUCUGCGCUGUGAUCGGCGUGUUGCUGCAGGCACGACUAAGUUCACUUUUAUCAUCAAUGCUGUUGGAAGAGACUUAAGGAUGUGCCAGGGUCCUCAUCGUGCUGGAGCUUGCAGACAUAAAGAAGAGAGAGGAGGGCAGCCGGUGCACUCUCUGUGUCUGCUCUUGCUUUUUCUGAUUCGGUAUAUCUUGAUUUUCUGCAGGAAACAACUUAAUCUGACGUGGGACCAGUGUCAUACCAGACCGACUUACCCUACAAAAUAAUCAUUCUGGUCCCAGCGCUGUUUCAGCCAUCACCGAAAUUCCUUCCACUUAACCCUCACGGACAUUUGACUGAUCCGUCAGGGUCGUCCAGAAGUGAGUAAUUCACAGGUCAUGGUUGUAAGGAGAGGUCGCCUCUGUCUCUCAGGGCCUCUAGGAGGUGCUACUGAGAAGCCGCCUGGACAGGAAACUUCAGGGGAUUCACAUUCAUACAUGAAAAACCUUACCCGCACACGCACACACCUCUGAAUCUGAAUCGAAUGAACACAUGAAUAAUGAACUCUGUUGAACAUUAGUCCUCGAAGCUGCAAUCAAUGAGAAAAUAAAACAAAAAUGCUGAAAAUCGUUCUUCCUCGCUGUGGAAUCUGCUCGAUUGAGUCUUUGCUCCGUGAUGUGGACACUGAUCGAGGAGAGAGAGUGUGUGUGUGUGUGUGUGUGUGUGUGUGUGUCUGCUGACUUGGCGUCUCCAGAGGAGCCACAGUGUUCACCAAAAUAAACCUAACACACUCAGCUUUGCGGGACUUUUCCAGCGCUAUGCGACAGUAGCUUUAAGACUCUAAAGACUUUUGGAAGUGGCAUUUCUGAAACUAAGAGCCUGAAGCCUGGUUCCUGGGGGAAAUGAUUGAUCUUGAGCACCUGAAUUGAUUGGGAGUGUUUUGUUUUUGCCUUUCGUCACAUGGCAGAAGUGCUAAAAUCUUUGAUUUGACUUUCACUCCGGGGCAAAGAUGACAAUAUUUAAGAGGCUCUGCUCUGAAGUAUGGAGCAUGAGUGUGAAGAUGCCUGUAUAUAGAGAGAGUUAAAAACAGUGAAACAGUAGAGAUCUUUAUUGACAGAAAUUCCAGGAAAGAAAGAGCAACAAUGCAAUAUGUGCAGCAUUACAGGGCAUUACAAUCCAAAAUACUAUUUUCAUGAUUUAUUGAGGACCCAGAGAAAAUGAUGAUGUUGAUGAUGAUGCUUCUGUUUGUUUCGAAUAAUCAGACUAACCUGCAUGCUGCAUGUUAGAGGAGCGGAGAAGAGACAAACCAAACAGCAGAGAAGAGAGAUGUGGAGUUGUUCUUUCUCUCUCCUUUUUUUU